GAGGAGAAUGAGAGGGGGAGGAGAGAGAUAGAGGCAGAGAUAGAGGACGGAGAGAGGAGAGGGGAGCGGGAGAGACAGAGAGAGGAGGAAGAGAGGGAGAAGGAGGGACGCGGGAGAUUUUUCUUGACUGCCCCCUUUCCUUCAAACAUUUUAUAGGCUUCGGGGAGAGAGGGAGGAGGAGAGAGGGAAGAAAAAGGGCGAGAGCGCGGGGGGUAGAGCGCGCGCGCCUUUCCCUGCGAGCCCCGGAGCCGCGGGAGUCCGCUCGUGUCCCAGGCUGGGCCAGGAGGGCGCCGAGGCUCCGACCGCCGCCCCGCGCCCGCGCCGCGCACUCCCCUCCGCGAGCCGGGCGGCCGAGCGUGUCUCCGCGCCGGGGCCGACGCCUGCGCUCCGGGCCGGCCGCUCCGUCUCCAGCGCGAUGUGGCCGCGCCUGGCCUUUUGCUGCUGGGGUCUGGCGCUCGUUUCGGGCUGGGCGACCUUUCAGCAGAUGUCCCCGUCGCGCAAUUUCAGCUUCCGCCUCUUCCCCGAGACCGCGCCCGGAGCCCCGGGGCGGCUGCCCGCGCCGCCCGCGCCGCCCGCGCCGCCCGCGCCCGGCGAGGACGCGGCGGAGAGCAAAGUGGAGCGGCUGGGCCAGGCGUUCCGGCGGCGCGUGCGGCUGCUGCGCGAGCUCAGCGAGCGCCUGGAGCUCGUCUUCCUGGUGGACGAGUCGUCCAGCGUGGGCCAAGCCAACUUCCUCAGCGAGCUCAAGUUCGUCCGCAAGCUGCUGUCCGACUUCCCCGUGGUGCCCACGGCCACGCGCGUGGCCAUCGUGACCUUCUCGUCCAAGAACAACGUGGUGCCGCGCGUCGAUUACAUCUCCCACCGCCGCGCGCACCAGCACAAGUGCGCGCUGCUCAGCCGCGAGAUCCCGGCCAUCACCUACCGCGGCGGCGGCACCUACACCAAGGGCGCCUUCCAGCAAGCCGCGCAAAUUCUUCAUCACUCUAGAGAAAACUCAACAAAAGUUAUAUUCCUCAUUACUGACGGAUAUUCCAAUGGGGGAGAUCCCAGGCCAGUUGCAGCAUCUCUGCGAGAUUUUGGAGUGGAGAUCUUCACGUUUGGCAUAUGGCAAGGGAACAUUCGAGAACUGAAUGACAUGGCUUCCACCCCAAAGGAGGAGCACUGCUACCUGCUCCACAGUUUUGAAGAAUUCGAGGCUUUAGCUCGCCGGGCAUUGCAUGAAGAUCUGCCUUCUGGGAGUUUUAUUCAAGAGGAUAUGUCCCAUUGCUCAUAUCUGUGUGAGGCUGGCCAAGAGUGCUGUGACCGCAUGGCAAGCUGCAAAUGUGGGACACACACGGGCCAGUUUGAGUGCGUCUGUGAAAAGGGCUAUUAUGGGAAAGGGCUGCAGUAUGAAUGCACAGCUUGCCCAUCUGGGACGUACAAGCCAGAAGGUUCUCCAGGAGGAAUCGGCACUUGCCUUCCGUGUCCUGAUGAAAAUCACACCUCUCCACCUGGAAGUACGUCCCCAGAAGACUGUGUCUGCAAGGAGGGAUAUCGGGCAUCUGGCCAGACCUGUGAAGUUGUCCACUGCCCUGCCUUGAGGCCUCCUGAAAACGGUUACUUUAUCCAGAACACUUGUAACAACCACUUCAAUGCAGCCUGUGGGGUCCGAUGUCACCCUGGAUUUGACCUCGUGGGAAGCAGCAUCCUCUUGUGUCUACCCAAUGGUUUGUGGUCCGGUUCAGAGAGCUCCUGCAGAGUACGGACAUGUCCUCAUCUCCACCAGCCCAAACAUGGCCGCAUCAGCUGUUCCAUGGGGGAAAUGUCCUACAAGACAGUGUGUUUGGUUACCUGUGAUGAAGGGUACACACUAGAAGGAAGUGCUAAGCUUACCUGUCAAGCAAACGCCCAGUGGGAUGGCCUAGAACCCCAGUGUGUGGAGCGCCAUUGCUCCACCUUUCAGAAGCCCAGAGGUGUCAUUGCCUCCCCGCCCAGCUGUGGCAAGCAGCCCGCCAGACCUGGGACGAUUUGUCAACUCAGCUGCCACCGAGGAUUCAUUUUAUCAGGCGUCAGAGAAGAAGUGAGAUGCACCACCUCUGGAAAGUGGAGUGCCAAAGUUCAGACAGCUGUGUGUAAAGAUGUGGAGCCUCCUCAAAUCAGCUGUCCUAAGGACAUAGAGGCUAAGACUCUGGAACAGCAAGACUCCGCUAAUAUCACCUGGCAAAUCCCAACAGCUAGAGACAACUCUGGGGAAAAGGUAUCAAUCCAUGUUCAUCCAGCUUUCACCCCACCUUACCUUUUCCCGAUUGGAGAUGUUGCUAUCACAUAUACAGCAGUUGACCUCUCCAGCAACCAAGCCAGCUGCACUUUCCAUGUCAAGGUUAUUGAUGUAGAACCACCUAGCAUAGACUGGUGCAGAUCCCCACCUCCGAUUCAAGUCUCAGAGAAGGAGUAUCCUGCAACGUGGGAUGAGCCUCAGUUCUCAGACAACUCAGGGGCCGUAUUGUUCAUCACCAGGAGCCAUUCACCAGGAGACCUUCUCCCUCACGGGGAGACUAUAGUACGGUAUACAGCCACUGAUCCCUCGGGCAAUAACAGAAGCUGUGACAUCCACAUUGUCAUAAAAGCUUCUCCCUGUGAAGUUCCAUUUACACCUGUGAAUGGGGAUUUUAUAUGCACUCAAGAUAGUGCUGGAGUUAACUGCACAUUAAGUUGCUCGGAGGGCUAUGAUUUCACAGAAGGGUCUACUGAGAAGUAUUACUGUGCUUAUGAAGAUGGAAUCUGGAAGCCACCAUACUCCACUGAAUGGCCAGACUGUGCUAUAAAACGUUUUGCAAAUCAUGGGUUCAAAUCCUUUGAGAUGCUGUACAAAGCAACUCGUUGUGAUGAUACAGAUCUGUUAAAGAAGUUUUCUGAAGCAUUUGAGACUACCCUGGGGAAAAUGGUCCCAUCAUUUUGUAGUGAUGCUGAGGACAUUGAUUGCAGAUUAGAGGACCUGACCAAAAAAUAUUGCCUCGAAUACAAUUAUGACUAUGAAAAUGGCUUUGCAAUUGGACCUGGUGGUUGGGGUGCAGCUAAUAGGCUGGAUUACUCUUACGAUGAUUUCUUGGACUCCAUGCAAGAAACACCCACAGGUGUCGGCAAAGCCAGAUCUUCACGAAUUAGAAGAAGUGCCCCAUUAUCUAACCACAAAAUUAAGUUAAUUUUUAACAUCACAGCUAGUGUGCUAUUACCCGAUGAAAGAAAUGAUACCCUUGAGCUGGAAAAUCAGCAGCGACUCAUUAAGACUUUGGAAACCAUCACAAAUCAACUGGAAAGGACCCUCAGUCAGGAGCCCAUGUACUCCUUUCAGCUUUCAUCUGAAAUUCUGGUAGCCGACAGCAAUUCGUUAGAGACAGAGAAGGCUUUCCUUUUCUGCAGACCAGGCUCGGUGCUGAGAGGGCGUAUGUGUGUCAAUUGCCCUUUGGGAACCUUUUAUUCUCUGGAACGUUCUAUCUGUGAAAGCUGCUUGCGUGGAUUCUAUCAGGAUGAAGAAGGGCAACUGGAGUGCAAACCCUGUCCAGCUGGGACAUAUACUGAGUAUCUCCAUUCAAGAAGCAUCUCAGAAUGCAAAGCUCAGUGCAAACAAGGCACCUACUCAUCAAAUGGGCUUGAGAUUUGUGAAUCGUGUCCGCUGGGCAGUUAUCAGCCAGCAUUUGGUUCCCGGAGUUGCGUCUCGUGUCCAGAAAAUACUUCCACUGUGAAAAGAGGAGCCGUGAAUAUUUCUGCUUGUGGAGUACCUUGUCCAGUAGGAGAAUUCUCUCGUUCUGGACUAAUGCCCUGUUAUCCAUGUCCUCAAGACUACUACCAACCCAAUUCAGGAAAGUCCUUCUGCUUAUCUUGUCCCUUUCAUGGAACUACAGCCACCAGUGGUACCAGAUCCAUCACAGAUUGCUCCACUUUUAGCUCAACAUUCUCAGCAGCAGAGGAAAGUAUAGUACCCCGUGCUUCUCCUGGACAUAUUAAAAAGAAGUAUGAAGUCAGCAGUCAGGUUUUCCAUGAAUGCUUCUUAAACCCCUGCCACAAUGGUGGAACCUGCCAACAGCUUGGGCGUGGUUAUGUUUGUCUCUGUCCAUCUGGAUAUACAGGCUUAAAGUGUGAAACAGACAUUGAUGAAUGCAGCUCACUGCCAUGCCUCAACAGUGGAAUUUGUAAAGACCUAAUUGGGGAAUUCAUUUGUGAAUGCCCGCCUGGUUACGCAGGGAAACUAUGUGAAGAAAAUAUAAACGAGUGUUACUCUAGUCCUUGUUUAAAUAAAGGAACCUGCGUUGAUGGUCUGGCUAGCUAUCGCUGCACCUGUAUGAAAGGAUACACAGGCCUGCACUGUGAAACAGAAGUCAAUGAAUGCCAGUCAAGCCCAUGCUUAAAUAAUGCAGUCUGUGAAGAUCAAGUUGGGGGAUUCUUGUGCAAAUGCCCUCCUGGAUUUUUGGGUACCCGAUGUGAAAAAAACGUGGAUGAGUGUCUCAGUCAACCAUGCAGAAAUGGAGCUACCUGUAAAGAUGGUGCCAAUAGCUUCAGGUGCCAAUGUGCAGCAGGCUUCACGGGGCCACACUGUGAAUUAGAUAUCAAUGAAUGUCAGUCUAACCCAUGUAGAAAUCAGGCCACCUGCGUGGAUGAAUUAAACUCAUACAGUUGUAAAUGUCAGCCGGGAUUUUCAGGCAGCAGGUGUGAAACAGACCAGUCUUCAGGUUUUAACCUGGAUUUUGAAGUUUCGGGUAUCUAUGGUUACGUCAUGCUAGAUGGUGUGCUUCCAUCUCUCUGGGCUGUAAGCUGCACAUUCUGGAUGAAAUCCAAUGACACCAAUAAUUAUGGAACACCAAUCUCCUAUGCACUUGAGAAUGGCAGUGACAAUACCUUCCUCCUGACCGAUUAUAAUGGUUGGGUUCUUUAUGUGAAUGGCAAGGAAAAGAUAACAGACUGUCCCUCCGUGAAUGAUGACCGUUGGCAUCACAUUGCAAUCACUUGGAGGAGUUCUGAUGGAGCCUGGAAGGUCUAUAUUGAUGGGAAACUAUCUGACGGUGGUGUGGGCCUCUCUGUUGGUUCACCCAUACCUGGUGGUGGUGCCUUAGUUGUUGGGCAAGAACAAGACCAAAAAGGAGAGGGAUUCAACCCAGCUGAGUCUUUUGUGGGUUCCAUAAGCCAGCUGAACCUCUGGGACUAUGUCCUGUCUCCACAGCAGGUGAAAUCACUGGCUACCUCAUGCCCAGAGGAACUCAAAAAAGGAAAUGUGUUAGCCUGGCCUGAUUUCCUGUCUGGAAUUGUGGGAAAAGUGAAGAUCAAUUACAAGAGCAUAUUCUGUUCUGAUUGCCCACCUUUAGAAGGAUCGGUACCUCAUCUGCGAACUGCGUCGGCCGACUUAAAGCCAGGCUCCAAAAUCAGUGUGUCCUGUGAUCCAGGCUUCCAGAUGGUUGGGAACCCCGUGCAGUACUGUCUGAAUCAAGGACAAUGGACACAACCACUCCCCCACUGCGAACGCAUUAGCUGUGGGGUGCCACCCCCUCUGGAGAAUGGCUUUUAUUCAGCUGAGGACUUCCAUGCUGGCAGCACGGUGACCUAUCAGUGCAACAAUGGCUACUACCUGUUGGGCGAUUCAAGGAUGUUCUGUACAGAUAAUGGGAGCUGGAAUGGCAUCGCACCAUCAUGCCUUGACGUUGAUGAAUGCGCAGUUGGGUCAGAUUGUAGUGAGUAUGCCUCCUGCCUGAAUACAAAUGGAUCCUACAUUUGCUCAUGUAUCCCACCCCACACAGGAGAUGGUAAAAACUGUGCAGAACCCAUAAAAUGUAAGGCUCCAGGAAAUCCAGAAAAUGGCCACUCUUCUGGUGAGGUUUAUACACUGGGCGCCCAAGUCACUUUCUCGUGUGAGGAAGGAUACCAGCUGUUGGGAGUAACCACAAUCACGUGUUUGGAGUCUGGAGAAUGGAGUCAUCUGUUACCAUAUUGCGAAGCUGUUUACUGUGGUGCACCUGCUAUCCCAGAAAAUGGCGGCAUUGAUGGAUCAGCAUUUACCUAUGGCAGUAAAAUAACAUAUAGGUGUAAUAAAGGAUAUACACUGAAUGGUGAUAAAGAAUCAUCCUGUCUUGCUAGCGGUUCUUGGAGUCAUUCUCUUCCUAUGUGUGAACUGGUCAAGUGUUCUAGUCCUGAAAGCAUAAAUAAUGGGAAAUAUAUUUUGAGUGGGCUUACCUACCUUUCUACAGCAUCAUAUUCAUGUGAGAGUGGAUACAGCUUACAGGGCCCUUCUGUCCUUGGAUGCUCGGCCUCAGGCAGCUGGGACAGAGCGCCACCUACCUGCCAUCUUGUGGUCUGUGAGGAGCCACCGGCCAUCAAAGAUGCUGUCAUCAUCGGGAGGAACUUCACUUUUGGGAACACUGUCACUUACACCUGCAAAGAAGGCUAUACCCUUGCUGGUCCUGACACCAUUGAAUGCCUGGCCAAUGGCAAAUGGAAUGGAAGUAACCAGCAGUGUCUGGCUGUCUCCUGUGAUGAGCCCCCCAACGUGGAACACGCCUCUCCGGAGACUGCCCAUCGGUUAUUUGGAGACAUUGCCUUCUACUAUUGCUCAGAUGGUUACAGCCUGGCAGACAAUUCCCAGCUCUUUUGCAAUGCCCAGGGCAAGUGGGUUCCCCCAGAGGGUCAGGCCAUGCCCCGUUGUAUAGCUCAUUUCUGUGAAAAACCCCCAUCUGUUUCCUAUAGCAUUUUAGAAUCUGUGAGCAAAGCAAAAUUUGCAGCAGGGUCAGUCGUGAGCUUUAAAUGCACAGAAGGUUUUGUACUGAACACCUCAGCAAAGAUUGAAUGUUUGAGAGGUGGGCAGUGGAACCCUUCCCCCAUGUCCAUCCAGUGUAUCCCCGUGCGGUGCGGAGAGCCACCAAGCAUCAUGAAUGGCUAUGCAAGUGGAUCAAACUACAGUUUUGGGGCCAUGGUGGCUUACAGCUGCAACAAGGGGUUCUACAUCAAAGGGGAGAAGAAGAGAACCUGCGAAGCCACAGGACAGUGGAGUAGCCCCACACCCACAUGCCACCCUGUGUCUUGCAAUGAACCGCCUAAGGUGGAGAAUGGCUUUCUGGAGCAUACAACUGGCAGGAUCUUUGAGAGUGAAGCGAGAUAUCGGUGUAAUCCAGGCUAUAAGUCAGUUGGAAGUCCUGUAUUUGUCUGUCAAGCCAAUCGCCACUGGCACAGUGAAUCCCCUCUGUCAUGCGUCCCUCUCAACUGUGGAAAACCUCCCCCGAUCCAGAACGGCUACAUGAAAGGAGAAAAUUUUGAAGUAGGGUCCAAGGUUCAGUUUUUCUGUAAUGAGGGUUAUGAGCUUAUCGGUGAUAAUUCUUGGACGUGCCAGAAAUCUGGCAAAUGGAAUAAGAAGCCAAACCAGAAAUGUGUGCCUGCCAAGUGCCCAGAGCCUCCCCUUUUGGAAAACCAGCUCGUCCUGAAGGAGUUAGCUACUGAAGUAGGAGUGGUGACAUUUUCUUGUAAAGAAGGACAUGCCCUUCAGGGGCCCUCUGUCCUGAAAUGCUUGCCAUCACAGCAAUGGAAUGAUUCUUUUCCUCUUUGUAAGAUGGUUCUUUGCCUCCCACCUCCCCUCAUUUCCUUUGGUGUCCCCGCUCCUUCUUCAGCUCUUCAUUUUGGAAGUACUGUCAAGUAUUCUUGCGUGGAUGGAUUUUUCCUGAGAGGGGAUCCUACCACCUCCUGCCAAGCUGAUGGGACAUGGAGUUUUCCACUGCCAGAAUGUGUCCCCGUGGAAUGUCCCCACCCUGAGGAAAUUCUCAAUGGCAUCAUCGAUGUACAAGGUCUUGCCUAUCUCAGCACAGCUCUCUAUACCUGCAAGCCCGGCUUUGAGCUGGUGGGAAAUACUACCAUCCUUUGUGGAGAAAAUGGUCACUGGCUUGGAGGAAAACCCACCUGUAAACCCAUUGAGUGCCCAAUGCCCAAGGAGAUUUCAAAUGGCAAAUUCUCUUACACGAACCUACACUAUGGGCAAACCAUUACAUACUCCUGUGACCGAGGCUUCAGGCUGGAAGGUCCCAAAGCCUUGACUUGUUUAGAGACAGGCGAUUGGGAUAUGGAUGUUCCAUCAUGCAGUGCCAUCCACUGUAAUCCCCCACAACCCAUUGAAAAUGGUUUUGUAGAAGGCGCAGAUUACAGCUACGGGGCCAUGAUCAUCUACAGCUGCUUACCUGGGUUCCAGGUAGCUGGUCAUGCCAUGCAGACCUGUGAAGAGUCAGGAUGGUCAAGCUUCAUACCAACAUGUGUACCCAUAGACUGUGGUCUCCCGCCUCAUAUUGAUUUUGGAGAAUGUACUAAGGUGAAAGAUGGUCAGGGAUAUUUUGGAGAAGAAGAAGAUAUGAUGGAAGUUCCAUAUCUGACUCCUCGCCCUCCUCACCAUCUGACAGCAGGGGCUAAAACCGGGGAAGGCACAAAAGGAUCUCCUACUGCACAUUCAGCAAACUUUCUAUAUGGCACCAUUGUUUCAUACACCUGUAAUCCAGGAUAUGAGCUUUUAGGGAGCCCUGUGCUGUUGUGCCAGGAAGAUGGCACUUGGAAUGGCAGUGCCCCAUCCUGCAUUUCAAUUGAGUGCGACUUGCCCAUUGCUCCUGAAAAUGGCUUUUUGCAUUUUACAGAGACGACCAUGGGCAAUGCUGUACAGUAUAGCUGCAAACUUGGACACGUUCUGCUGGGCUCCGACAUAAGAUUUUGUCUACAGAACAAAGAAUGGAGUGGUGUUUCUCCAAGGUGUGAGGCCAUUUCGUGCAAAGCGCCAAAUCCACUUAUGAAUGGCUCCAUCAAAGGAAGCAACUACACAUACCUGAGUGUGUUGUACUAUGAGUGUAAUCCUGGGUAUGUGUUGAAUGGCCCCAAGAGGAGAACGUGCCAACAAAAUAAAAAUUGGGAUGAGAAUGAGCCAAUUUGUGUUCCUGUGGACUGUGGGUCACCUCCAGUCUCAGCCAAUGGCCAGGUGAAAGGAAAUGAAUAUACAUUCCAAAAAGAGGUUGAGUACACCUGCAAUGUCGGGUUCUUACUUGAGGGAGCCAGGAGUCGCGUCUGUCUUGCCGACGGAAGUUGGAAUGGAACCACUCCCAUCUGUGUGCCCAUCAGAUGUGCCACCCCACCGCAGGUGGCGAAUGGAGUGAUGGAUGGCCUGGACUAUGGCUUUGGAAAGGAAGUGGUGUUCCACUGUCAGGAUGGCUACAUGUUGCAUGGUGAUCCAAAACUCACCUGUCAGUCCGAUGGCAACUGGGAUGCAGAGUUUCCUUUCUGUAAACCAGUCAACUGCGGCCCUCCUAAAGAACGUCCCCAUGGCUUUUCUAAUGGCUUCUCCUUUUAUCACGGGGGGCAUAUACAAUAUCAGUGCUUUCCUGGCUAUAAGCUCCAUGGAAGUCCUUCAAGAAGGUGUCUUUCCAAUGGUUCCUGGAGUGGCAGCCCGCCUUCCUGCCUGCUUUGCAGGUGUGCCACGCCAGUGAUUCAAAAUGGAGCUGCCAAUGGGACAGAUUUUGGCUGCGGGAAGGCAGCCCAGAUUCAGUGCUUCAAAGGCUUCAAGCUCCACGGAGCUUCUGAGAUCACCUGUGAAGCCAAUGGCCAAUGGAGCUCUGGCUUCCCAUACUGUGAACACGCUUCUUGUGGUUCCCCCCCAACGAUACCAAAUGCAUUCAUCAGUGCGAGCGGCUCUUGGGAGGAAAAUGUGAUAACUUACAAAUGCAGAUCUGGGUUUGUCCUACAAGGCAGUUCAGAUCUGGUUUGUACAGAGAAAGGGACGUGGAGCCAGCCUUAUCCAGUCUGUGAGCCCUUGUCCUGUGGACCCCCACCAUCUGUCGCCAAUGCAGUGGCCAAUGGAGAGGCACACACUUUUGAAAGUAAAGUGAAACUCAGGUGUCUGGAAGGUUAUGUGAUGGAUACAGAUAUAGAUACAUUCACCUGCCAGAAAGAUGGUCACUGGUUUCCCGAGAGAAUCUUCUGCAGCCCUAAAAAAUGUCCUCUUCCAGCAAAUAUAACACAUAUACGUGUUCAUGGGGAUGAUUUCAGUGUGAAUAAGCAAGUUUCUGUGUCAUGUGCAGAAGGGUAUAUCUAUGAGGGAGUUAACAUAUCAACGUGUCAGCUUGAUGGCACCUGGGAGCCACCAUUUUCUGAUGAGUCCUGCAGUCCAGUUUCUUGUGGAAAACCUGAAAGUCCAGAACAUGGGUUUGUGUUUGGCAGUAAAUACAGUUUUGAAAGCACAAUUAUUUAUCAGUGUGAACCUGGCUAUGAAUUAGAGGGGAACAAGGAACGUGUUUGUCAGAAGAACAGAAUGUGGAGUGGAGAGGUAGCAAGCUGCAAAAAGACCAGGUGUGAAGCUCCACUUGGGUUUCUGAACGGAGAAGCCAAGGUUGCAAACACUACUGCUGGACCGAUGGUGGUGUAUUCCUGCAAUAGAGGGUACAGCCUCGAAGGGGCCCCUGAGGCAUACUGCACUGAACACGGGGCUUGGAGCUACCCACUUCCUCUCUGCAAACCAAAUCCAUGUCCUGUUCCUUUUGUGAUUCCCGAGAAUGCUCUGCUUUCUGAAAAGGAGUUUUAUGUUGAUCAGAACGUGUCCAUCAAGUGUAGGGAAGGCUUCCUGCUUCAAGGCCAAGGCAUCAUUACCUGUAACCCGGACGAGACGUGGACGCUGACAAGUGCCAAAUGUGAAAAAAUAUCCUGUGGUCCACCAACUCAUGUAGAAAACGCGAUUGCUCGAGGCAUACAUUAUCAGUAUGGGGACAUGAUCACCUACUCGUGUUACAGUGGAUACAUGUUGGAGGGUUCCCUGAGGAGUGUUUGCCUAGAGAACGGAACCUGGACAUCACCUCCUGUUUGCAGAGCUGUCUGUCGAUUCCCAUGUCAGAAUGGAGGUAUCUGCCAACGCCCCAAUGCUUGUUCCUGUCCAGAUGGCUGGAUGGGGCGCCUCUGUGAAGAACCAAUAUGCAUUCUCCCCUGUUUGAAUGGUGGUCGCUGUGUGGCCCCUUAUCAGUGUGACUGCCCACCUGGCUGGACAGGGUCCCGCUGUCAUACAGCUGUUUGCCAGUCUCCCUGCUUAAAUGGUGGAAAAUGCAUAAGACCAAAUCGAUGUCACUGUCUCUCGGCUUGGACAGGCCAUGACUGCUCCAGGAAAAGGAGGCCUGGGUUUUAACCACUGCACAACCAACCAGCUCUCCUAAAAGCAGGAUCAUCUCUUCCUGGUAGUCCUGGGCAUCCUGGAACUUAUGCAAAGAAAUUCCAACACGGUGCUGGGUCUUGUUUUGUUUCGUAAACUUGUUAUUUGGGGAUUACCUUUGUAUUUUGUGUUCCAUUUUGUUAUUCCUUGUGACAUACUUUCUUACAUGUUUCCAUUUUUAAAUAUGCUUGUAUUUUCUAUAUAAAAGUAUAUUAAAUAGAUGCUGCUCCACUCACAAAAUGUAUAUACUCUGCUGUCUACUGGGGAAGUUCCUGCUAUACAUUUUUAUUCGGUUUACUUAAAAUGAUUUUUCAAUUAAAAUCUAUUUUGCUAUUAAAUAA